AAGGUCUUUCUGAUACGGCUGGGUUUUGGUGUUCUUCUUCCUUACCUCGACGCCAAAAGCCUGACUUAUGAGAUGAUGCCAUUAAGUAGAUGAAAAGCACAAGAAAGAAAUGAAUGAGGACCGCAAAUUCAUUGCUAAACAAACUUCAGUGGUCGCCGACUAAACUCCAGGAAUCACUCCGAACUCUAUAUCCACCCAAUUUUAAUCUCAAUUAUGGCGCGUAUGGUCACCUUAUCCAAUACUUCACCAACCACCACCUCCCUCAUCAAGCCAAGCAACUCCAUGGGCGAAUCGUCCUCUCUUCAGUCACUCCCGAUAACUUCCUUGCUUCAAAACUUAUUGCUUUCUACUCAAAAACCAAUGGUCUUCCACGAGCUCACCAUUUGUUCGAGAAAAUUCCCCAACCAAAUACCUUCUCUUUCAACGCCUUGCUCAUCGCCUAUUGCCAACAUAACAUGUUUGCUGACACUUUAAGGCUGUUUUCAAAUUUUCACGACCUUAUUAGGCCGGAUAGUUUUACCGUUACGUGCUUAUUAAAGGCCUUAGCUGGUUCAUACUGUGAGAAAGGGUUGGCUAAGGAGGUCCAUUGCUUUGUUUUGCGAGGUGGGUUCAAUGAGGAUAUUUUUGUUUCCAAUGGGUUGAUCUCCUGCUAUUCAAAAUGCAUGGAAUUUGGCUUGGCUAGAAAAGUGUUUGGUAAAAUGGGUGAAAGGGAUAUUGUGUCGUGGAAUUCGAUGAUUUCUGGGUAUUCUCAAGGAGGAUUUUACGAUGAAUGUAAGGCAUUAUAUAGAGAAAUGAUGGGUAGUUUAGAAUUUAAGCCUAAUGGAGUGACCGUACUAAGUGUUUUGCAAGCUUGUGGACAGUCCAAUGAUCUUAUUCUCGGAAUUGAAAUUCAUCGGUUUAUCAUUGAGAAUUCAAUUGAGAUGGACAUUUUGAUUUGUAAUGCUCUGAUUGCGUUAUAUGCAAAAUGUGGGAGUUUGGAUUAUGCUAGUGAGUUAUUUGAGGGUAUGUGUGAUAAAGAUGAAGUUACUUACGGCUCACUUAUUUAUGGUUGUAUGUUUCAUGGGUUCACUGACAAAGCUAUGGAGCUUUUCCGCCAAUUGAAACACCCAGGUUUGAGUACAUGGAAUUCUGUGAUUUCGGGUUUGUUUCAGAAUAAACAGUAUGAUGGGGUUAUGGAUUUAGUUUGGGAAAUGCAAGCGUGUGGUUUUAGACCCAAUGCUGUGACACUUUCAAGCAUUCUUCCUACCUUUUCAUAUUUUUCGAACCUUAAAGGAGGGAAAGAGAUACAUGCUUAUGCUGUUAGAAAUAAUUAUGAUCACAACAUCUAUGUUGUAACUGCCCUUAUUGAUACUUAUGCAAAGCUAGGUUUUCUAUGUGGGGCACAACGGGUUUUUGAUCAAUCAAAAUGUAGGAGCUUGAUCAUUUGGACAGCAAUAAUUGCAGCAUAUGCUUCCCGUGGAGAUGUUGAUGCAGCUCUAGGUUAUUUUCAUGAGAUGCUUAAUAAUGGAGUUCAGCCAGAUCCUGUCACAUUCACUGCACUGCUGUCUGCUUGUGCUCAUUCAGGAAUGGUAGAUCAAGCUCAGAAGAUAUUUGAUACCAUGCCUGAUGAAUUUGGCAUCCCGCCCUCAGUUGAGCAUUAUGCAUGUAUGGUAGCGGUUCUAAGCCGAGCUGGGAGACUCUCUGAAGCAACAGAAUUUAUUUCUAAAAUGCCAGUUGAACCAAGUGCUAAGGUCUGGGGUGCAUUGCUACAUGGGGCUUCCGUUUCUGGUGAUGUUGAACUUGGGAAGUCAAUUUGUGAUCAUUUGUUUGAGAUAGAGCCUGAGAAUACUGGAAAUUAUAUCAUAAUGGCAAACCUAUAUUCACAAGCUGGCAGAUGGAAAGAAGCUGAUAUGUUCCGAGAAAAAAUGAGGAAUAUUGGGCUAAAGAAGAUCUCAGAUAGUUGGAUUGAAACUAGUGGAGGGUUACAAAGCUUUAUUGCAAAGGAUAGAUCGAUUGAAAGAACUGAAGAGAUAUACUUUCUAUUAGAAGGGCUGCUUGGUUUGAUGAAGGAAGAAGGAUAUACUUUAUACGAUAAGUUUGACGAGGAGAAUGUUUAUGUUUGAUCAUUGCAUAUUGAUCGACAUAAUCAUUGCAACCCUCCCAAGGAUUCAAAUGCACCCUUGAGGCUUUAAUUCGUUUAUUUUAAAGAAUUGCUAAAGAUGUUGAAGACAUGGAAUCCUUAAUGCAUUUCUCUUUUACUUGUAGCAGAAAAUUGAUACUUGUUGGCUAAGUGAAGGGGCACUGUCCAAUUCACAUGUAAACUUUCUAUUUUCUCUCCUGUGCAAAUACAACUUUUGAA